AUGAACAACAUUGUAAUUUUAGGAGGUUCUUCUCACCCACAAUUAGCAGAACAAAUUGCUACAAGAGCUGGUGUGCAUCUUGGACACGUCAAGUUAUCAAAAUUUUCAAACAAAGAAACGAACAUAGAAAUUCAAGAAAGUGUUAGGGAGAAAGAUGUUUACAUUGUUCAAUCAGGCUGUGGACAUGUUAAUGACAACCUUAUGGAACUUUUAAUUAUGAUAUCAACAUGUAAAAAUGCUUCUGCUGCUAGAGUAAGUGCCGUGAUUCCUUGCUUUCCAUACUCAAGACAACCAGAUGCUUCUCAUAAAAGAAGUGGAGCUCCUUUAUCACAUAAACAAACAAACAAUCCUACAGGUUAUACAUACGAUACACCUGCUAUACUUGAUCCAAUUUUUACAUCACCGUCAUCACCUCAAGUAGAUGAUCCUUUCAGUGCUGCUUUUAAAAAAUUUGGUGAACAAAAUUCGUCAUCAAAUGCUGAUCAUGUCAUGACUAUGGACCUUCACGAUCCUCAAUUUCAAGGAUAUUUCGAUGUACCUGUUGAUAAUCUAUACAGUCAACCAUUAAUGAUAAAAUAUAUAAAAGAAAAUAUACCAAAUUGGACCAAUGCAAUAAUCAUAUCUCCUGAUGCAGGUGAACGACGUUCUCAAUAUGCCCCUCAUAAAAAGGAUAUGAUGUUAAUUGGAGACGUUAAGGAUAAAACAUGUAUCCUGAUUGAUGAUAUUUCAGAUACAUCAUAUACAAUCACUAAAGCUGCUCAAAUACUUGCUGAGAAUGGCGCAAAAAAAAUUUAUGCACUUAUUGUUCAUGGAAUUCUAAGUGGUGAUGCUAUUCAACGAAUACAGUCCAGUGUCAUCGACCAGGUUAUUGUCAGCAACAGUGUCCCACAGGAUGAGCACGAAGCACAAUGUUCAAAGAUUAAGGUUUUUAAUGUUGCUCCUAUUCUUGCUGAAGCAAUCAAAAGAGCACAUAAUGGUGGUAGUGUUAGUGCUUUAUUUGAUCACAAGAGUACAAUAUAA